UGCUGCCCAUAGGGUCACACUGUGUUACAGAACCGCUUCCGUGUUGUGUUUGUUACUGGAAAACAGAAACUGCGUGAGGUGACAUAAUUUUCUAUCGCCCGUCACUGCUUAGACAGCGAUGCUUUUGUAAACCGCUGCGUCAGAAGUGAUAUUAGAUUGGACUAUGUCGUUGAUUCCGGGCUCGAAGCAGAAGGACAGGCGCAUUUUAUGCGGGAUGUGCCCGGACCCGCAGUGCCAGGCGAAGCUCUUCUUCCCCGCACACUCCUCCAUGAGCAUCGAGUGCACUGAGUGCGGCCAGAGACACGAACAGAAGAACCUCGCGAAUGUGGAGGAAGUGACUGACCCAGAUGUAGUGCUUCAUAAUUUGCUGAGAAAUGCUUUGCUGGGUGUGCCAGGCCCUCCUAAAAAGGGCUCAGAGCUGGUGAAAGUGAUGGGACUGUCCAACUAUCACUGCAAGCUGCUGUCUCCCAUCCUCACCCGCUAUGGCAUGGACAAACAGACAGGCACUGCCAAACUCUUGAAGGAAAUGAACCAGGGAGAGAUCUUCGACUGCUCGCUUCUUGGGGACCGUGCAUUUCUCAUCGAGCAAGAGCAUGUGUCCACUGUUGGGUAUGGACGGGACCGGUCAGGAAGCCUGAUCUACCUGCAUGACACUUUGGAGGAGAUCAAGAAAGCAAACUUAAAUAGAGAGUGUCUUAUUCCUGUGCACGUGGACGGAGACGGACACUGCCUGGUACACGCCGUGUCCAGGGCAUUAGUUGGACGUGAGCUCUUCUGGCAUGCCCUUCGAGAAAACCUAAAACUCAAUUUCAAGCAGAACUUAGGCCGCUACAAAGCCCUUUUCCAGGACUUUAUAGAUGCCGCAGAAUGGGAAGACAUUAUUAAUGAGUGUGACCCGUUGUUUGUCCCUCCAGAAGGUGUUCCGUUGGGCCUUAGAAACAUUCACAUAUUCGGCCUGGCGAAUGUACUGCACAGACCCAUUAUCCUGUUGGACUCCCUGAGCGGCAUGCGCAGCUCAGGCGAUUACUCCGCCACCUUCUUGCCAGGCCUGGUUCCAGAAGAGCAGUGCCGAGGAAAAGAUGGCACUCUGAACAAGCCCAUCUGCAUUGCCUGGAGUAGCUCUGGCAGAAAUCACUAUCUACCCCUAGUGGGCAUCAAGGGCUUGCCUUUGCCCCGUUUACCUGCUGCACUGCUCCCGAAAGCUUGGGGUGUUCCUCAAGAGCUGAUUCGCAAAUAUGUGAGCUUGGACUCUAAUGGAAGCUGUGUGAUCGGGGGCGACCGGAGCCUGCAGGAUAAAUACCUGCUGCGGCUCGUAGGCGCAAUGGAGGACGUCUUCAUGGACAAGCACGGCAUCCACCCCGCUCUAGUCGCUGACGUCCACCAGUACAUAUAUCGACGCACUGGAGUGAUCGGCGUGCAGCCUGAGGAGGUGACGGAAGCGGCUAAGAAAUCCGUUCAGGAGGGUCGUCUCCACCGCUGCCUUGUCUGCAAUGCCCUUUCAGAGCUCCACGUGCCAGCAGAGUGGCUCAUCCCGGGAGGGAAACUCUACAACUUGGCCAAGUCGACUCACGGAACGCUACGAGCGGACAAGAACUACAGCUUUCCUUUAAAUAGUUUGGUUUGUUCCUAUAACCCAGAAAAAGAUGUGCUGGUGCCCGACUACAAACUCAGCACACUCACGGCCUGCACCUGGUGUCACGGAACUUCAGUGCGGCGUGUUUGUGGCGAUGGCUCUGUGGUCUAUUUGGAUGGAGACCGUACCAACACUCGCUCACAGGGUGGGAAGUGUGGCUGCGGGUUCAAACACUUCUGGGAGGGCAAGGAGUACGAAAAUCUUCCCGAAGCUUUCCCCAUCACUCUGGAGUGGGGCGGCCGCGUGGUGCGAGAGACCGUUUAUUGGUUCCAGUAUGAAACGGAUCCGACUCUCAACAGCAACGUUUACGAUGUGACGAUGCGACUCGUCACAAAGCACUUCCCCGGUGAGUUCGGCAGUGAGAUUCUGGUCCAAAAAGUGGUGAACACCAUCUUGCAUCACACCGCCAAGAGGAGCCAAGACGAAUACAAUCCAGUGGCCAUCGAAGGUGCUCAUGUGCAGGAUGUUAGAGACGGGAGUGAAUCUGCCACUCACCCUCCUACUAAAAUCAUCCUGACAGGACAGAAGGGCAAAACCCUGCAUAAAGAGGAGCUGGUGAUGAGCAGAACCGAGAGGGUCUUGCAGCACAGCAUCAGCGAGCAGGCGGCCCUGUCCCAGCGCCGCAGCACAGACCGCUUGCGUCAACAGGAUCCUCGCCUGUCAUUUCCUUCCUCUUCAUCAUCCUCUGCACCUCCCACACCCACCAAAGUGCCGCCCACCAGCGGAGAGAAGAAAAUCCGUGUAACGACCAGCGAUGGGCGGCAGGCCAUGCUUACGCUGCAACCGCACACCACCUACGGUGAGCUCCAGAAUUCCAUCGUCCAGGUCUUCAGCUUGUCGCCCGGACAGCUGUGCAUCCGACAUGGCUUCCCACCCAGAGAGCUGCCCCCGCCACGUCCCGAGGACCAGAACCAGCCCGUGGCGCUUCAGCAUGGCGACCGCAUCUCUGUGGAAGCGCUGAAAGAGAGCUCGCCCGAUACUCCCAUGACCCAGAUGCACUCUCACACGCCUGAAACGCACGCUCACUCUGACUCACGACUCAGCCGCACCAGUAGCAGGGAACUUCAGGACAACAUUGACCUUGAGAUGUCAUCACUGUGUCUCCUGGCAGCACUUAUGGGUGAAGAUGUCUGGUCAUAUGCCAAGAAACUGCCUCAUCUGUUCCAGCAAGGAGGAGUCUUCUACAAUAUUGUGAAGAAAGACAUGGGUCUGUUGGACGGGAAGCAUUGCACACUGCCCCAUUUGUUGGGUAAAACGUUUGUGUUCAAUGCUGCGGAGGAGCGUUUGGAGCUGUGUGUGGACACAGCCGGCCAUUUUCCAGUGGGCCCUGAUGUGGAGGAGCUCGUCCAGGAGGCACUUUCCCAGCUCCGCUCAGAUGCAGCCUCCCGUAGCCGUGAGGGAAGCCCCGUACAUGGCUUGCGAUUGGGCGCUGGUGGUGCUGUGCGCAGGAAAGAGCAGACCGUCACGGCCUUCCAGGGCAAAGGUCACUCGUUGGGUUCUGCCCCUCCUGAACACCCACCAAUCAGGCGGCAGCACAGCAGCGGCGUGGAUCUCAGCAACAGCGCUCGAGGUGAAGAGAUAACGUUGUCAGGGGAGGAGUUGGUGCGCGUUGCCCCAGGCAUGCUCACUUUACGUGAGGGCCGCGGUUUAGGGCUGGAGCCCGCCGUGAUCGAGGCCCAACGGCAGCGCUUGCAGGAGAUGGUCUCAAGCAUACAAGCGUCCAUGGACAAACACUUGCGCCAGCAUGCUACAGCAAGGCAUGAUGUGAAGGAAGAAGAGGCUCCUGACAAACAGGAGGAUAUGGAAAGUCACGGUGCGGAGCCUCCCAGCACCUUUGAACCCAUGGACCAAUCUUGAUACUUCAUUACCCAUAUAGCAGAGUGAGCUUCCUGGCAUAACACACACACACACACACACUGUGAUUCAACUAAGAAAUAAUGGUGCAGCCAAUUUACAUAUGCAUCGUUUGAGUGUGAAACGCAUUCCUUAAAUAUUCUCAGUCUUAAGAUGUGAAAUUUGGAGUGAUUAUUACAGGACUUGAGUGUCUGCUUUCAUUCACCUAAAAUAUAUACAUGGUGCACACUAAUUUAAAGAGAUAGUUCAACUAAAAUCGAACAUACUGUUAUUCAUUUACUCACCGUCAUGUCAUUCCAAACC